AUGCCCGCAGAAAUAUACAAUGCAAACCCAACAGUCUUCACAACUUCAAAGCCCUCAAAAUCUUCGCUCUCAUCGCAUUCAUUAUGGAUCGAUGACGUAGAUGCAUCAGAUAAUAGUGAUGACGACGAAGUAGAGCCAAUCGACUCCGAUGAGAUAUUCGAACAUAUCCGGGGAAUUUUGGACCCAGAACAUCCCUUGACUCUAGAACAACUCGCAGUUGUUUCCGCAGGCCAAGUAGAUAUCAAAGGGAAUAACGUCUUUGUCGAAUUCACACCGACCGUACCGCAUUGCGGCGCUUCGACGCUCAUUGGCCUGUCAAUACGAGUCCGACUGAUGCGAACCCUUCCACAUCGUUUCAAGGUGGACAUUCGCGUCAAGCCUGGGUCUCAUCAAAGCGAGAGUGCAUUAAACAAGCAACUGAACGAUAAGGAACGGGUUGCAGCUGCGUUGGAGAAUAAUGCGCUCCUGAACGUUGUGGAGCAAUGCUUGAAGUCUCCUACUCAAUAA